AUGGAUGCCGCAGAAAAUUCUUUCCUCAAAGAUCAAGGGCUUGAAAUCAGAGGAGAAAUUGGAAAAGGUGGUUAUGGAUUAGUAUAUAGCGUUUAUUCCCAUGUAUACAAGACGAUAUUUGCCCUAAAAAAAAUUCCACUUGAUCGAUUCAAAGACUGCGAGAUAGAGUGCUUCAAGCAAAUCGAUGACAAGCAUAUUGUAAGUCUAUACAGAUUUUUUACAUGUGGCAACUCGGCUUAUUUAUUAAUGGAAUAUUGCCCUAAAGACCUGUGUCAACUAGUCGAUGAACAGUUAUAUUGCAUUCUUAGUGAAGAACGCGCUCGCAUAAUUUAUGAUAUGAUUCUCGGAGUAAAAGCUUGUCAUGACCGAAAUAUUGCACAUUGUGAUAUCAAACCACAGAAUUUCAUAGUUGAUCAAUACGGACGAAUUAAAAUUACUGAUUUUGGAUUGUCAUCUCUUGGAACUGAUGAAGAGGAAGGAGAGGACCAUUUAUUCAAAGGUACAAAACACUACAUGGCACCAGAAAUUUACAAGAAAGAAUAUUAUGAUAAAUAUUUGGCAGAUAUUUGGGCACUUGGCGUAUCAAUAUAUCCAUUUAAUGCAGAUGAUACUCCGACCUUGGUCGAAAGAAUGAAUAGAGGAUUAUUCCCUGUUGAUAAAAUUAAUGAUCUACUUCUCAUAAAGUUGAUUGCUAAAUGUCUUCAACCAAAUCCAGCCAAUCGUCCAAAUGCAACUGAAUUACUUCAAAUGCCGUAUUUCCUUCAAUUUGCAAGAACUCAUGUGCAGAAUAAUGUUGUUCACUUCAAGAAAGCUGCAGAUGCAAUUGUCAAGCCAAUGAUCCCUAAGGUUAGGUCUUAUAUGAAUAUGGGCGGAAAGUUUACUUAUUGUAAAAGCCCGGUUCCAAGACUUAUAGUAUCAAAUAUUUAA